AUGACGACAGACGAUGGUGACGAGCCUAGAUCGGCUUCCACAAGCACACCCAGCUUCAACGGUCGUCUCAAACUACAUGAGUUCAUGUAUUCGAAGCCUGAGGGGGGAAGUACUUCUGUACGGAGAAGCCCUCGUCUGGCUAUACCCCUAAGUACGACAGCGUCACCGUCACGCUCACCAUCAAAAACACCCUCAGCCUCACCGGCACGCGCAACCAAGCGGAAGCAGGGUCCCCAGUCUGAAGUAUACACCGAGGAGGCUUCCUCACAGCUCAGCGCCACAACAAGGGGGACGAGGAACAGCAGCAGCACGACUCCAUCGCCCAAGAAGAAACGCAACCGCGUGAAGAGCGGCUACGCUCCCCCGUCGACCUACGCGCACCUGCCCCACCUGGUCGACGUGCUGGCGCCGGACCUGCUCAUCCUCUUCGUGGGCCUAAACCCGGGCCUGCAGACGGCGCGCUCCGGGCACGCCUACGCGCACCCGUCCAACCUGUUCUGGAAGCUGCUGUACUCGUCCGGGAUCACGCCGGUGCCGUGCCGGGCCGAGGAGGACCGCACGCUGCCGGCGCGCUUCGCGCUGGGCAACACCAACAUCGUGGCCCGGCCCUCGCGCAACGGCGCCGAGCUGAGCAAGGCCGAGAUGGACGAGGGCGUCGCCGUGCUCGAGGCCAAGAUCCGCACCUGGCGACCCGAGGUCGUCUGCGUCGUCGGCAAGAGCAUAUGGGAGAGCGUCUGGCGCGUCAGGAAGGGCAAGGCCAUCAGCAAGGCAGAGUUCAGCUACGGGUGGCAGCACGAGCGCGAGAACAUGGGCGUCGUCAGAGCGCAUGAGGGGGAAGGGAAGGAUGGCACGAGGUUCGCAGGAGCGAGAGUCUUUGUCGCCACUAGCACCAGCGGGUUAGCAGCCUCGUUGAGGCCGGAGGAGAAGGCAAGGAUAUGGAAGGAGCUGGGUGACUGGUGCGUGAAACGCCGGGAAGAGAGGAAAGCUGCUCUCGAUUAA